CAUCUCUUUGCGCUGCUUAAUCCAUUGAGUGACCUUUUGGGCCGAGUUGACUGAUCUUUUUACCCAGAUUAACUGCCUCACCAGCAGUUUCUCAGAAUUACUAAAUCUGUAAUACACUCCAAAUUAUUUAAGAAAUCUCUGGCUCUUCAUAUGUGGAUUAAACAGCUAGCUAAAACCGCUAAUAGCUGUUUUUAUUGAUGAACACAUCGUGACUCGUGAAUUAACUUUGGCAGAGAUAAGUCUGAGCUUCAAGGGGGCACCUGAAGGCAGCAGCCGUUAACCGCCCCCACUCACUGCUGCCGAGGCGAACAGGACCUGUGAAGAAGCAGCCGGAGCGACAGACUGUGGGCUAAGUUUGUCCGCCCUGGCUUCGCAUUACGAGUCGACGGGUCUUUUGUUUCAUUUGAUGAACAACAAACGUCGGUGUCGCUUAAAAUUCGCACCAAAAAGUACAGGCAUUAGAAGCGGUCAAGCACGCUCGUGACAUUUUUGGAUAGAAACACAGGGGAGGAAGUGAGGGAGAGGGAAAGUGCGACUGAGCGGACGACUCCAAAGUUGACAAUACUGUCAUGUUUACGGUACUUGUUGAAUAGGGGCUGUUGUGUGUAUGUGUGUAUAACACAACACUGGAACCUGUGUGGGCAGCGUGGUGGGAACAGGGUCUUCUCUAUCACCAUGAAGCAGUGACAGCACAGGGACAGUGAUGGCAGAGCUGGAGAUUGACCAGUCCAACCUUCCACGUGUCCAAGAAGUAUGCCAGUGUUUUGCUGUCCUGGAGGAUGGAGUGUUGGCACACAACCUGCAGGAGCAGGAGAUCGAGCAAUACUAUACAACCAACAUCCAGAAGAACCAGCUAGUGCAGAAUGACAUCCGUGUAGCCAAGAGGCUGCAGGAUGAGGAGGAGGAGCAGCGGGCCCAGCAGAACGCCGUCCUCAGACAGGCUUCCAGACAACUAGAAGAGGAAGACUUUGAGUAUGCCCGUGUAAUUCAGGAGGAGAUCCAGCGGUGUGCUGAGGAGGCCCAAAGGAGGGAGCAGGAUGAUGAGGAAAUAGCAAAACGAAUGCAGGAAGAGGAGGAGCAGAGGAUCAUGAGGAGGAACAGAGGACAGGAGGGCCAUAGUGAAGGCAGGGCCCCUGAUCCAGCACUGCCAUCCCCACACCAGCACACACUCAGCAGCCCUCACCAAGGAGAGGAGCAGUACCCACCUGCUUCCACCAGGUGGCAAUAUUCUACCUCUCACAACCAUUCAGACUUAUCUGGGCCUUGGGCUGCCUCCCCUAGGGGACUAGCAGCUCAGAAUAAUACAAAUUCAUGGUCAAAUCAAGGACACACAGAUUCCAUUAGGCAAAUCAGGAGUGAGAUGAGAGAGCCUUUGAGUGAAGAUUCAGAGGACUCGGACACAGUUUUCUCUGAACAACUCGCUAUCUUGUCCCAGAGACUGAAAAGACUCAACACAGCACCUCCUCAGCGGCGGGCCUCUUUACAUUAUCCACAAGAGAGAAACUACAGAAGUCUUUGCUCUCGCAGCAGCUUCACAGAUGAGCUCAGAAGCUGGGAGGAAGAGGGGAGAGGAGAGUGGGAGGAGGACUAUUAUGACAAUGACUAUUAUGACCGAGAGAAGAGGAGGCCUAGGAUUUGGGAUCAGGAAAGUUACCACAUAGAGGAAUAUGAGGGCUGCCGCAGGAGCAGAGAUCAGGACAGAGAGUCUAGGACGGUUGAGGUAAGAGAAAGGCGGUGUAGUCGCAGUGAAUCUGUCAGGCUACAUGACAGGAGUAGACACAGCAACAGAGACUUAGUAAGGACCUGGAGCUAUAAGGACAACCCUGACAAACAUGUCCGCUUUCAAGACGAUACCAGAAGACAACAGGAUGAAAGCAGCCAAGUCUGGGAGAUGCUAGGCCAGGUCCUCAAAGAGAGGGGUGUGCCUGUGAGGUUUGGUGGCAAUGGGGCGCCGCUGCAAAUAAGGCCUCAAAGCAGACACAGCCAGGUGCUUCACGGGAGUGAGGUCUCCUGCUGCGACUCCCAACCACAUCAGAGAGCCUUCCAGAGAGCUGCAAACACCAGGCACAGUUUCCAUGGAGAUAUCAGGGAAAGGAGGAGAUCGUCACACCGAGAGAUCGGUGGGAGAGAUCACAGAGAAGACAGAGACAGGCACCGUGCUAAUGUGGAGCAUGAUGGAGAGGUUUGUGAGAUUAGUAGAAGAGACUCAUAUCUUGCUAACAGAGAAAGGGGAGGCAGUAGAAGGUGGAGAAAUCACCAGUAUACUGAUAAUGAGGAGAGGGAGGGGGUGAGGGAUGCAAAUGAUCACAGGGUCAAGAGGACAACAAGCCAACGCAGGUGUUGGCACAAGACCACAGAACAAAGGUUAAUCUCAGAGGAGGAGCAGGAGGUGGAGAGGAGAGUAGAGUGGCCCCCUCGAAGAGCUCCACGGCGUAGCCAAAGCCUCAGCAGCAGUGGGGCUUCAACCAGGAAUAGGUCAAGGCGCAUGGCAGCAGGAGUGUCACUACAACCAGAGCUGGGUGAGACAAGCCUGGACCUUGGGGAGUUGGAGCAGGUCCUACAAGAUGAAGAACUAGCUCGCAAGCUACAGGAGGAAGAGGAAAGCCUGGUAAGGAGGAACUCCCAGCCCUCUCUAAGUAGUUCUUACCCAGAGGGAGACUUCAGAGCAGCACAGGUGGCACAGGAUGAGGAAAUUGCACGUUUUAUGCAAAAGCAGGAACUUAAGUCAAAGCGCAGAUCUCGUGAGUUAGAAGGGCCGGCGUCCUGGCGUGAGCACAGAGCAAUGAUCAGUCACCACGAGAGACGAGCUGCAAGAGAGAGACAGGUCCAACGAGAAAGACUUGACUCAGAGGGCCUUCCUUCCCCCACUGAGGACUGCUCCCCAGAGAACCAGCCACCUAGUCCCAUCUCCACCUUACCACAAGCCCAGCAGAUCAGAAACAUUGCAGAGGAGCUGGACCCGACCUUCCAGGCCAGGAGGCAAGACACAGAGAGCUUCCGACUGGGACAAACAGGUCCAGCCUGUCAGGCGCCCCCCAUACCGCACUCCGGUUUACAUGACUUCCUGGAGGAGCCCAACUUCAUCCCACCCACAAAGCGGCAAACUGAAAAGUCAGCACGUACUAAACCAAAAGAAAAGAAGGAAAAUUGCAAGCAACAGUAAUGUCCAGCACAGUGUCCUGUUGGAGUGCAAAUAUAUUAUCUAACACUAAACAUCACUUCAGCUACAGAGUUCUCAUUUCUCAUUACAAUGAGGUUUGAGGAGGAAUUAUGUUCUGCCAGCUGCCCCCAUUAGCACUUUAGACCAGUGGAACAAAGAGAAGGAACUGAGAGAAGUGACAUUUUAGAAUAUAGAAGUAUUGUUUGAAUUCUUCAGUGUUGAGUGUUUAAUUUAAACAGUAUACAUUUUCUUAAUUAUAUUUGUAACUUUUGUCUUUAUUUAGCUAAUUAGCAUGUUGUCAGUAUCCAAAAUGUAAUGUUUGCCUCAUAUUUGUUGAAAGACCUGCAUUUCUGCAGGUUUUUUUUUUUCCAAACUUAAGAUUUAUUUUUACAGCAAAUAUACUGAGAGGAAAUAACCAUGGUCUAAUAAUUGGAUACUUCCUCUGUAUCAGUUUAGCAAUAUCUAAAUGUGGAUUUGGUGGACGCCCUGCGCUGUACAUGAAUUACCAUGUGCGAAUAACUCACCCCCUCUCCUAAAACCAAAAUUUAACGUUACCAAGAAAAGAAAACAAGAAGUUGCUGUGAUAACCCUUGAACCUGGGUGAUGAGGUUUUCGGCCAGGCUACUUUAAGGCAUUCACAUUUGGAGUGUCUGGCCAACUUUGUUUCAAAGCAGUCUGGCAGGAUUCUAGUCAAGUUUACAGUAGCACAGUGACAAUCAAAUGAACUUAUUUAAUCCUUAUUUAAAUGGAAAUUACAUUUAUUGGAAAAAAAAUUAAUUACAGCUGUCAUUUUCUGUUAAAGUGCUUUGUAAUAUUCAAAUGUAAAUAUAUCCUAUUCGCGAGCAUGGAUGUACAACUUUGGGGUCAAUAUGUAAGUGACAGAAUAAAUUCAAGUUACUAGCUUUUUGGAGCUUUCAACUGCCUUCACAUUAGACACAGAGGACCAUUUUUGUGCUGAGAUAGGGGUUAGGUCUCCAUCCAUAUGCAACUACUUGUUAUCAUGUGACUGAAUUUCCACACUCCACACAGGUCACGUGAUGACAUCUGAUUCAGCUCCAUUUAUGAGUGAAGACUGCGAGAUGCAUUUGAAAGGCCCUAGAAACUUUUAAGCUUAUAUUAUUUGGUACAAUAUCCAACUCAUGUUUUUGUGUAUUUUCCCAGGUGGGUUUUUAAUCAGUCCAGCGCCAAUUAACAUUAUUCAUAACACAGGAAACCUUCUCUAACAACAAGGAUUGAAUUUGAUUUUUACACAUAUUUAACCAUUCUGUAGUCUUUUUUUUUUUUUACAUUCAUAUUAUUCCUACAUUUUAAACACUUUUUUUAUGAAUGAAAUAUGCCACUGUUUAGGUGGACCACUAUGAAUGCAACUGUUCUGUAUAAAGAGCAACAAAUAAAUAAAAAAAACAAAUUUA